AUGAAGAAGACGCGUAUGUCCAUCGAUGACAUCCACGCGAUGGUGGGCAGUAUCCGCGCGAACGUCGUCAACAUGCGGGUGACCAACAUCUACGACGUUCACGGCCAGGGCGACGGUAGCACGACCAAGACGUACCUGCUCAAGCUGCAGCAGCCCCCCUUUCCCAAGGUCUUCCUUCUGCUCGAGUCCGGCGUGCGGUUUCACACGAGCCAAUACGCGCGUGAUGCCAAGUCCGCAAGCGCUUUGCCGAGUCAGUUCACGAUGAAGUUGCGGAAACAUUUACGGGGCAAGAGGCUGUCAGCGCUGACGCAGCUCGAGGGAGAUCGUGUCGUGGACUUGACGUUCGGACAGGACGCGCUCACGUGCCACUUGAUUCUCGAGCUCUACGCUUCGGGCAACAUUAUUCUGACUGAUGGUGACUAUCGCAUUCUGUCGCUGCUACGGACGCAUCGAUUUGAUGAGAACGUCAAGAUGGCGGUCAGACAGAAGUACCCGGUGCAGCUCUUGGGUGAACAGGAGAAGCGGCGUGCGAUUCAGACCUCCGCUGAGUUAGUCGAGUUUGCCAAUCUUUGGACGAAAGAGAGAGAGGAAAAAGAGGCCAUGGUGCCGCACACUCCUGGCAAGACGCAGAAGCAGAAAAAGAAGAAGGCGCAGACAAUCAAGCAGUUGCUGUUAGCAAAAGAAUCAACGUUUGGAGGACUGGGUCCUGCUAUGCUUGAGCACUGUCUAGUGCGUGCAGACAUCUCGCCCACGCUGAAGAUUAAAAAUGCCACGGAUGUUACAGAAAUUGGAGACGAGAAGCUGACUGUCUUGUUGGCAGAAAUUCGCGAGGGUUGGAAGCUGUUGACAAGGCUACAGGAUGAACAGGCGUCUGUCAAUGGCCCGAUCCCGGGUCAAACUGAGGAGGAUGACAUGGAUGGCGACGUUGAACACACGCCUAGCGAUGUUUCUGCGCCAAAGGACCCUUCUACGAUCACACAAAAGCACGGCUUUAUCAUCCUAAAAGAUUCUACGGUGGAGGCUGCAUCACCGCAGUUUGAGGAGUUUACGCCAUUCUUGUACGCUCAACAUGCGCAAAAGAAGUUCAAAAGCUUCGACACGUUCGACGAGGCUGUUGAUGAGUACUUUUCACGCUUCGAGGCGGCGACAGCUGAGGUGGCGCAGCAAAGUGUACAGGUUGCGGUGGAGAACAAGCUAGCCAAGCUCAAGAAGAACCAAGAACAACAGCUCGCUCAAUUGCGAGAGGCUCAAGAGCAAAGCUUUCGCCAAGCCCGGCUUAUUGAAGUCAACCAGCACGACGUAGAGAAUGUGCUUCUUGUCAUCCGUAGCGCGUUGGCCAGUGGCAUGGACUGGCGUGGUCUGGAAGAGCUCGUGCGAUACGAGCAGAAGAACGGUAAUCCCGUGGCAAAUCUUAUUUACAAACUAGAUCUCGAGCACAACCGCGUCGCACUUUUGCUUUGCGACGAUGACGAGAGUGUCGAGGACGAAAAUGGAGGCGAUGGUACGGGUGAGGAAGACAAGCAAGCACACAUCAUCUGGAUCGAUUUAUCGCUGUCCGCGCUCGCCAAUGCGCGGGAAAUUUAUACGAAGAAGAAGAAAGCUGGUGCAAAGGCGAUCAAGGCUUCGGAGGCGACUGACAAAGCAAUUGCGCUGGCCGAGAAGAACACUUUGAAAACACUGGAAAAGCAGCAAACGAAGCGUAACGUGAUCUACCAACGGCGCAAAACGCUGUGGUUUGAGAAAUUUCAUUGGUUCCUUACCAACGAAAAGUACUUGGUGGUUGCUGGAAAAGACGCCCACCAGAACGAACAACUGGUCAAGCGCUAUCUGCGCAAGGGUGAUGUAUACGUCCAUGCUGAUCUUCAUGGUGCUGCUACUUGCAUUGUGCGCAAUCGCGCGAUAGCAAAGAAUGGGGAGACCCAAGAAUUCCCCCCUAUUGCUGUGGCAACGCUGGAACAGGCAGGGUGCAUGAGUGUAUGCCGUAGCAACGCCUGGAGUAGUCAGGUGAUUGCUGGAGCCUACUGGGUCCAUGCCGACCAGGUGUCUAAGGCAGCACCGACUGGCGAAUACCUUACGACUGGCAGUUUUAUGAUUCGUGGCAAGAAGAAUUACAUUCAGCCAUCUCGUCUCGAAAUGGGCUUGGCGAUUCUUUUUCGCAUCGAUGAGAGUUGUGUGAGUCAGCACACGCGCCUUCAUGAAGAAGGUGUACUUCACGUAGCAGAUGACAACGAUGAAAACGUCGUAAACGGUUUUCAGAGUGAGCCACUAGAAGAAACCGAGUCGCCACGUAGACGAGAACAGGGUGUCGCAGAAAAUAAUCGAGCUGUGCACGAUAGUUUGUCCGUGCCGCGUGAGCCUCAAGAUACUGCGAUUGCUGUCCAAGAGGGUGAGACUGACGAUGAAAAAGAUAAGGCGGACGCUUCAUUACAGCAGUCUCAGCGUGAUGGCCGGAAACGAUUGUCGACAAAAGAGCGCCGUGACAUGAAGAAGGGUAAAGCACCAGUAUACAACGGAAGUGUUGAUGAUGAUGAGCAGCCGUCCCAACAGGGAAAGCAGGCACAGGAAAAAGGAACGCGUGGGAAUGUCGUCGACAAAGACGACGUUCACGUGCCGCAUCAGAAGAAAAAUGUUCGUGGCAAGAAGAGCAAGAUGAAAAAAAUUAAGAAGAAGUACGCCGACCAAGACGAUGACGAUCGUCGGCUGCGCAUGGAGGCGCUGGGUCACGUAAUUGAGGAGACAAAGCAGGAAGACGGGCAGGAUGACCACAAAACUGAGUGCAUUGAACAUUCAAGAUGUGAUGAUGACGAGGAUUGUCCCGCCAUCGCGACCAGUGCUACCAUUGAGGCAAAGGACGAGUACAUUCGUCAGCAACGCGAGAAAAAAGAAAAGUUCCUCGACGAGCAAGAGGAUGAAGCUGAAAGUGCUGGGUUCUUUGAUGCGUUCACGGGCGAGCCAUUACCGAAUGACAUUGUGCUGUUUGCCAUGCCCAUGUGUGCUCCGUAUGCCUCACUGAGUAAGUUCAAGUACAAGGUGAAGCUCACGCCUGGUGGUCAGAAGAAGGGCAAGGCAGCUAAGCAGGCGAUGGACCAUUUCUUUGCGUCUAAUUUGAAGGAAGAGAAGGACGUGCAGAAGUUGCAGAAGGAGGAUGAGAUUCAGCCGGACGUGAAUCCACUCGCAGUGCAGCGUGAGCUCAUGCGGUGCAUUCCCGACAACGAACUAGUGAAUUGCAUGGUCGGACCGGUGAAGCUUUCUGCCCCAGGACUCUACGGAUUUCACGCGAGUAAACGGGCUUCAAGCAAGCCUAAAAAAGGUCGCAAGAAGUGA